AUGCUGACUGGCAUCUUUGGACAUAAGUCGGUGCUUGACAGCUUGUCAGGCAUGUCAACGAAACGCAGUCCUUCGUUUUCGACACUUGCAUUGGCGCACACUGUGAUGCUCCCGCACACCGUCGCUGUUGCAUGCCUUUCCCUCUGGCUGGUGGGCUCAGCGCAGGCCAGACCCAGGGGCCACUUGGACCCGAGCCUGCCAAGCGGCUUCCGCGACUGUCUGUUUUACGACGACUUCCUGCAGCCGGCUGGCUCGCAGCCCGACCCAGAGCGGUGGACCAUCGACACCGGCCAUUCGUACCCUGGCGGACCCGCGAACUGGGGCACCGGCGAGCUGCAAACGUACACGGCCGACAAGGGUAACAUUGCCAUCUCGACGGAAGGAACGCUCCAGAUCAUUCCGGUCCGCGGGCCCAACGGCACGUGGACGUCGUCGCGCGUCGAGACAACACCCACGUGGGACGUGGCCUGCCGCAAGGGAUGGCGCAUGCGCGUCGAGGCGCGCAUCAAACUCGGUGCCAAUGCCGCGGCAGAGUCGCUGGGCAUCUGGCAGGCGUUCUGGGCCCUCGGCUCCGACUAUCGCGGCGUGUACUGGAACUGGCCGGGCGUCGGCGAGGUGGACAUUCUCGAAAGCAUGAACGGCGAGGACAAGCUCCGGCAGGCAGUGCACUGCGGCGUCAACCCCGGCGGGCCGUGUGACGAGCCCUCGGGCAUCGGCAACAUCACCGAGGGCGUGACGCGCGGAGAGUGGCACAGGGUCGCUUGGGAGGUCGACCGACGGGUCUGGCCGCGGGCGACGCACGACGAGGAGGAGUCGAUGAGCUGGUUCAUCGACGGCAGGCGGCGGUGGACGCUGACGGCAUCGCAGGUCAACGACACGGAGGCGUGGGAGGCGCUUGCGGGGGGCAAGAAGAUGGUACUGCUCAACAUCGCCGUCGGCGGGGGGUACCCGGAUGCCGUCGCAGGAGUGAAGACGCCCACGAACGCGACGCGAGGGGGCGAGGGCGCCAGCAUGGAGGUUGACUAUGUGGCGGCGUACGCAUCGCGGGUGUAA